CGAGGGCAAUCCGUCGCAAGGGAUCGAGGAAACCAACGAGCAAGAGACAGGAAUCGCCGCCACCACCAGCAGGAUCCAAUCGAAGCACCACACGCAUCUAGAAACACAGCCGCAAAACACAACACACCGCAACCGACAAAACCAAGCAGCACAAGAACCACCAUGAAGACCACCCCCCUCCUCGCUCUGGCGGCCAUUGCCGGCACGGAGCUCCGGCUUGCCCACGGAUUUUCCGGGGCUUUGGUUCCGCAACGCCACCGGCUUCGGGCCGCUCCCCUGGCAUUGCAAUCCAGCAACGACAACGACGACGACAACGACGAAACCAACGCGGCGCCGUCCUCCCCCCGGGUCAAGUUCCGCGGGAUCGAUGCUUCCACCACCGGCGGCGGAAGCAGCGGCGGGGAUUCCUUCGUGGGGGGCAACCCGCUGGACCGGUUCCUGGCGGUUGUGGCCUCGGACUCCUUCUCGAUCGCCUCGGGGGCCAUCGGGCUGCUGGCGGUGGUCGUCCACCGCUGGAACCUUGUUCUGGCGGCCUCGGACGGGUCCACGGCCGCCUCCAUCGCCGCCGCCGAGGCCCUGACCUACCAGACCCGGACCGACCUGCUGGGGGUCUUUGCGGCGGGGUCGGUCCUCCUCAACGGCGUCACCAAGCUCGACGUCACCACGGCCCUGGCGGAGUCGGUGGUCCUGGAGGGGAAGGCGCUGCCUUCGCCGGAAUCGGUCGGUGGCGCCAGCGGGGAACGGCCCGGGCCGGAGGUCGCCUGGGGCCUGGAAUCGGUCCUGGGGGCGACCCCGGCGAGGUCGGCCGUCCUGCUGGGAAGCGACAAGGAUGGGGGAUGGGUCGUCCUGCACCGGGCGGGGGUGGUUCCGCCGGUUCCGGCCCCCGUCCCGGGCAAGACCCCCAUCCUGGACCGGGUGGGCUCCCCCGGGAACACCCGGGAGACCUACCUCCCCACGCUGCAGGCCCUGCCGGGGAGGACCGAGCUCAACUACCUGCCCCCCAACGCGCAGAUGGCGGUCAUGCUCCCGAUCGCGGCCGGCGGCGAAGCGCAGAGCGAAAACGAAAGCGAAAGCGAAAGCGGAAGCGGAAACAGCGUCCUGGUGCUGGGGGGGAACGCCGCCAAGAGCUUCACGCCGAGGGACAUUGCCUGGAGCCGGAUCGUUGCCGAGCGGAUCGGGGAGAGCCUCUAGCGAUCGGUUUUUCCGAGCAAGAGACGACGGUAUCAUGUCCGACACCGAUGCAUGCGACGGACGCAACCGAGAGACGAACGAAAUGUGGUUCCCGGCGUGGUGAUCUUGCCUGUAUUGCCCUAUCGGUUGGGUAGGUCGAGUUGGGUAGGUCGAGUGUGUCCGGUUUGCAGUGUGGAAAGAGUCAAGUACGCGUUGGUGGGAUGGGGGAGGAGCACCGCCGACACACAAGGUGCCAUCGGGGAUGCCCGGGCGGCAUGGCACUGCCGUACACAGCCAGCACAAAGCACCACACGCCAUCUCUGCCCGAUGGCGGGCGACGCGAUUCGAUUCGUUUCGCGAAACACCUUUCUGUUGUUCGGUGACUUUCCCAGGCCGGACCUGGAGCACACCUUGCGAGUCGGGUCGUUGGCUUGCUGCCGCGCUGGGCUUUUGUUGCGUGAAGCGCAUGGUACGGGCACCACGCAAUUUCUGUCGAGCGUGGUGCUUACCGGAGCUCAUCGCGGUGACAACCGACGAUUCCGAUUCCUACACUCGCCACGAACAGCCGGCCAUCCCUACAGCAUAGCAUAGGUAUUAAAAAUCAUAAGAAUGUCAAUCAGAUUUGAAAUAAAUUAGCUUGAGUGAC